AUGGAUAAGAAGAAAGAUGUCGAUGACAUAGAACCUGGACCGGCUCCUUCUCGGCCUGUCGACAGAUUUGGCUUUAUAAAGACGGAACAAAGCAACUCUCCAGAGGGGAUUCUGAAAAGCAGACCCACACAUGAACGCGGAAGGGAGGAAAGGAGGAUAAGAAAGUGGAGGAAGAUGAUAGGUACUGGUGGUAGUGACUGGAAGCAUUAUGUUAGAAGGAAUCCUCAUGUGGUUAAGAGAAGAAUAAGGAAAGGAAUUCCUGAUUGUCUCAGAGGACUUGUUUGGCAGUUGAUUUCAGGCAGCAGGGACCUCUUGCUAAUGAAUCCUGGGGUUUAUGAGACUUUGGUCAUAUACGAGACAUCAACAUCAGAAUUGGAAAUUAUUCGUGAUAUAUCGCGUACAUUUCCUUCGCAUAUUUUCUUCCAACAGAGACAUGGCCCAGGUCAAAGAUCUCUGUAUAAUGUUUUAAAAGCAUACUCUGUUUAUGAUAGGGAUGUUGGAUAUGUGCAGGGAAUGGGAUUUAUAGCUGGGUUGCUGCUUCUUUAUAUGAGCGAGGAGGAUGCAUUUUGGUUAAUAGUAGCUUUGCUAAAAGGAGCUGUCCAUGCUCCAAUGGAAGGCUUGUAUCAGGCCGGUUUGCCGCUUGUGCAACAAUAUCUGUUUCAAUUCGAGAAAUUAGUUCAAGAGCACAUGCCAAAGUUGGGACAGCAUUUUAUUGAAGAAAUGAUAAAUCCAAGCAUGUAUGCAAGCCAAUGGUUUAUCACAGUUUUCUCGUAUUCCUUCCCAUUCCAUAUGACUCUUAGAGUUUGGGAUGUCUUCCUGUAUGAGGGUAUUAAGGUUGUUUUCCAAGUUGGAUUGGGUCUAUUGAGAUUCUGCCAUGAUGACCUGGUCAAAUUGCCUUUUGAGGAACUUCUGCAUUCCUUGAGAUAUUUUCCAGAUGAGGCAACUGAUCCUGAUACAUUAUUUCCACUUGCCUUCUCAUUUAAGGUGAACAGUAGUCUCGAGGAGCUCGAGAAAGAGUACCGGAAAAGAUUGGAUGGACCCAAUGCAAGCUCAAGUAGCAAUAAGCGGCUUCUGCCCCUGAAAUCGAAAACGAUGAGCAGGGCUGUUAGCCAGAUCAAAAUAUGCAAUGUUUUCGUAAUCAGCUAUUUCAUUCAACUUCCCCUUGCCACCCCCUUGUUCUCGCGGCCUACGGCAUACCAUAGGUGUGCCACUGCCACCGUUGUUGAGGAAGACUAUGGAAGAGGUAUAGGCGAGAAGACAAGGGAGCACCAUGGUCCCACCACAACUAGCAAGGGACGUAGCAUUGCAAAGUCGGUAAAAAAGGGCUUCGCAGGCUUCCCCAACCUCUUCACCCUCUGCCUCGAGUACGUGGUCCUCCCUUUCCAUGGCGCCGCGGCGCAACUCCAACUCAUAAUCUCCUCGGCACCGCACCUCACAAGGCUCUUGUUGGACGAUGUCAUGAUCGGCGACGAGGAGGCUGAUAUCGAAACAUGUGCCAUCCAGGCGCCCAACCUCCGUUUCCUCAGGUUGACCAUGUCCCUUGACAACGGAUGCCGAAUUGUGGGGGAGCUCCCAUUGCUCGAGGUGGCACAAAUUUCCAUUGAUCCCCUAUUCGGGACCCCAAACUUCAUCAACACUUUUCGACGGAUUUCUAGUGUUAAGAAGCUUUACUUGCACAUCGACUCAGAUCAGUCGGCCGACACGGCGGCGCCCAGACCCUGUCGACCGUUUGGAUGCCGUGGCGGGGAGCAUGAGCCCCGGCAGGGCAGAGACAGAGACGAGGAGGAGGUGGAGCGGGGAGGAGAUGGGCAGGAGCGAGCAGUUGAGCGCGGCGUGUGCGCCCCUGUGCGCAUCUCGGUGGCGGACAGCAACCACGAGCAGGUCGGCGUGUUCGCGACACAGCGCCACAACCUCCUGCUCGGCGUGCCCGCGAGGCCGCGACAGCCGCGGCGACAAGGACCAGCGGCGGCGAGCAGCAGCAGCCACACCAGCGGGGAGUUGCGGUGCCGAGCAGCAGCACACUGGGCGGAGCACUCGCCGGGUGGCAGAGCUCCGACAGCACAGCGGCAGGGCCGGGUGAACGCGUAG